GUAUAUUAUUUCCAAGAGCGCUCGACAUCUCUUGGCAGCCUGGAGGACAGAUUGCGGUACUACAUCUAGUGGCCCAGUCUCCUCCUCACAGCGCUGGUCGCCAUCCAUCCGCUCCUCCUGUACCACAACAGAUGGUGACAACAACAUUGCAUCAAGCGGGGAGCACAACAACAGACCGCAGCAUCCUGUGUCCGUACAACACGGGCCGUUCGUCAGCAUGCUCGUAGGGCAGGACCGCGUGAGGCUGUGACUUCACGCGGCAGCAGAGGCACCAUCACCAGCAGCAGCGGAGGAAGCAUCUCGCCUGUCUCCGUCGAGUGGGGAAGAUGGCCGCUAUGAAAAUACUAACCAGCGGAGGGCUCUUCCUGGCGUUCUGCGCGUUGGGGCUGCUCGCUAUGGCGAUUUGCACCGACUACUGGUACGAGACGGACGCGAGAAGGCACCGGGAGAGGUGUAAAAACUACGCAAACAAGCGCAACGACCCGGGCUACAUCUACAUCUCCAACCACAACCUCCCCCUCCAGAUGCCUCCUAAGAGGAGAGGAGGCGGCCCGGAGGCUGCUCCACUCAUUAGGGGCAAGCGACACUUUGUGGCCGCAGCCUCCGCGAUGGAGUCCCACUGCAGUCGGCAGUUCAACUCAACGGUGUCCGGCCUUUGGAGGAAAUGUCACCGAGAGGGAUUCGACCUUGAAACCGAGGACCUUAUUUACAAAGGAAUAAUUCAAAGAUGUACUCCUGUAACUUAUCACUAUACUUCAUCCAUUCUUCCACGAAAUUUACCUGUCAACAUCACCAAGACCAUACGACAGGAUGAAUGGCAUGCACUUCAUCUCAGAAGAAUGACGGCUGGUUUUGUUGGUAUGGCAGUCUCCAUAAUUCUUUUUGGAUGGAUAAUUGGAGUGCUGGGAUGCUGCCAACAACAUGACCUCAUGCAAUAUGUAGCUGGGCUACUCUUUCUCAUGGGAGGAACAUGCUGCAUCAUCUCCUUGUGCACAUGUGUGGCUGGUAUCAACUUUGAGUUAUCCCGCUACCCUCGCAACAUGUAUGGCCUACCUGAAGACAUUAGCCAUGGUUAUGGUUGGUCCAUGUUUUGUGCCUGGGGUGGACUUGGCCUUACUCUGCUGGCUGGGUUCCUCUGUACCUUGGCCCCCUCCCUAAGCACGCCGACCCGCUCGACAACCCACAAGCCGAGGUACGAGAACGGAACCGUGUGACAGUGCUUGUGCGACUAACCUGCAGAGCACACAAACGACUCUCUUCAAAACUCCAAUGUACAAUCUACAACCAUUUUUGUCUCAUCACCGUCUCACAGAACCCCCAAGAUUUCCAUCCAUUUCUCUCAGUGUUCAUUGUGCCUCAGUUGUGAUAGCACACAUUCUGGCACAAAGAACAAAUUGUUCAAGCACAAGCACUUGAACUCCCCUCCCAGUAAAGGACCUCCAGGGACACCAAGAGUGCAACCUCAAGUCCGAAAGGCGCUUUGGCUCUCGUAGCACAAGGUUUUUUGAUGUUCUCUUUUUUGAAAUGCUGACUUUAUGGCAAUCUGAAGGUGACUGUUUUACAAUGGUGCUCUUCUAAAUCCAUUCGCAACACAUACUCCUACAGGCAUACGCGCACAGAUCCAUGCAGACAGACACCAGCUUUUCCACACGCACAUUUUCUGCUGUUGACUCAUGAGAAAAAUCAUCCAAACAGAGGAAAUCACAUGAAAUGAGUCCAGAACAUCUCGUCAGCCUUGCUCUUUUCAGUAGGGUGAUGUGUGCUAUAAAAGAAGAAAAACAAAAAACUGGCAAUGAGUGCCCAUUGCUUACUGUUAGUGUAGCAUAAUGAUAUCAAACAUUAGCCGUAACCAUGGUAGAUGUCUGCAUUCUCUGCUGGAUGAAAUGAUGUUGGCAGCACCAUAAAAUACACAUAACUAAAUUUGCAUCAAAAAGCAAACCAUUUGAUCAUCUUUGAAAAGAGUUGUGUGUGUACAAUUGCAUCUCUCUGUAGACUAAGAUACAUUGUUUAUGUAGAGUAGAUUUUGAAUAAGGUUGUUUAUAUCUGUUUGUGUUGAAACGGUGAUGGCUGACAGGAUGGAAGUGCAGGCUCAGCAGGAUCGUGUUAAAGAUUUGCGCUCGAAGAAUGAAUCCAUUAUAGGAUUUAGCAACAUGACGGCAAUUGAGGGUUUUGGGGGGAUGAAAAACUAAAACGCGUAACUGCUGAGCUGUGACUUCAUGCUGCUGUGCUCUUACAACUCUUGACAGAACCAGUUGUUGGCUGACAGCUAAAUAGUAAGGUAAUAGGACAAAUAAGAGAGCCAAAUGCAGAGUGAGAUUCAAACGCUGUGUUGUUUAACUCAUAAUUUGUCAUCCUUGUUAAAAAUUCUUGUUUUAGGAAGAAAAAAAUACUAUAAUGUUUUAAUGCUCCACUUGGGGGGUGUUCUGAACACAGUGGUCAAUGUAUCCUUUGGCCUUGACUUAGAACCAGAGGAGCUGAAAAAAAAAAUGCAGUAAGCAGCAAAUAUCUUUUUUGUUUGUUUGUUUCCAAUUAUGCAUUACAACUUUCAAUGUAUUGUUGAAUUUGCUGUCACACUUAAACUACACAUAAUUGAGAUGCUUAAAUGAAAUUUAAUCAAGGUGUUUUGAUGAAGGCUUUGAACAUUUUCAGUUUUAAGAUCCAAUUCAUAAAUUCCUUCCAGAUGCCCAAAUUUAAUAAAAAUGGAGCUAAAUAAUGUUGACUUUAUAGUGCUUAACAAAUGUGUCAGAUUGCCACCACCCAGGAUUUGCUUUACACAUCGUAACUUAAGUAAGAGUUUUUUUGGGGGACAAUUUCAAAUUAUUAUUAAUCUUUUUAUAUCAUAAUUUGAAAUGUUCCCUGCGGGGCUGAGAGAAGUCAGAAAAAAACUAAAGUGGAAUCUUGGAAAACAAUAAUAUUUUUUUUAGCUUUGAGAAACUCCCAUUCUGAUUUCAUAGCUGCUACAUGGUAGUGUUCCACCAUUACAUAUUCAUAAUAAAAAUCAUGGCAAAUAUCAGUGGUGUUCAUUUAGGACAGCUGCAGCGAAAACCUGUGUGGUGGCCCAUUUGAUUGGGAUAAUUACUGUUGUAAACGUUCAUGGAACGGUGCUUUAACAUACAGUGCUGGCCAAAAGUAUUGGCACCCCUGCAAUUCUGUCAGAUAAUGCUCACUUUCUCCCAGAAAAUGAUUGCAAUUACAAAUGCUUUGGCAGUAAUAUCUUCAUUUAUUUUGCUUGCAAUGAAAAAACACAAAAGAGAGUUAAAAAAAAAAAAAAUCAUUUUACACAAAACAUACAAAAAUGGGCCAGAAAAAAAACUAUUGGCACCCUUUGAAAAAUCAUGUGAUGCUUCUCUAAUUUGUGUAAUUAACAGCACCUGUUACUUACCUGUGGCACAUAACAAGUGGUGGUAAAAACUAAAUCUCACUUGCAGCCAGUCAAAAUGGAUUAAAGUUGACUCAACCUCUGUCCUGUGUCCUUGUGUGUACCAUAUUGAGCAUGGAGAAAAGAAAGAAGACCAAAGAAGUGUCUAAGGACUUGAGAAGCAAAAUUGUGAGGAAGCAUAGGCAAUCUCAAGGCUACAAGUCCAUCUCCAAAGACCUGAAUGUUCCUGUGUCUACCAUGUGCAGUGUUAUCAAUAAGUGUAAAGCCCAUGGCACUGUGGUUAACCUCCCUAGAUGUGGACGUAAAAUAAAAAUUGACGAGAGAUUUCAACGAAAGAUUGUGCAAAUGGUGGAUAAAGAACCUGGACUAACAUCCAAACAAGUUAAAGCUGUCCUGCAGUCCGAGGGUACAACAGUUUCAACCCGUACUAUCCGUCGGCGUCUAGAUGAAAAGGGACUCUAUGGUAGGAUACAAAGGAAGACCCUACUUCUGACCCACAGACCUAAAAAGCUAGGCUGGAGUUUGCCAAAACUUAGCUGAGAAAGCCAAAAAAUGUUUUGGAAGAAAGUUCUCUGGUCAGAUGGGACAAAAGUAGAGUUUUUUGGGAAAAGGCAUCAGCCUAGAGUCUACAGAGGAAAAAACUAGACCUUCAAAGAAAAGAACACGGUCUCCACAGUCAAACAUGGCGAAGGUUCCCUGAUGUUUUGGGGUUGCUUUGCUUCCUCUGGCACUAGACUGCUUGACAGUGGGCAUGGCAUUAUGAAGUCUGAAGACUACCAACAAAUUUUGCAGCAUAAUGUAGGGCUCAGUGUAAGAAAGCUGGGUCUCCCUCAGAGGUCAUGGGUCUUCCAGAAGGACAAUGACCCAAAACACACUUCUAAAAGCAUUUGAAAAUGGUUUGAGAGAAAGCACGGGAGACUUCUAAUGUGGCUAGCAAUGAGUCCAGACCUGAAUCCCAUUGAACACAUGUGGACAGAUCUGAAAAUAGCAGUUUGGAGAAGGCACCUUUGUAAUCUCAGAGACCUGGAGCAGAGAAGAAUGGUCUAAAAUUCCAGCAGAGCAUUGUAAGAAACUCAUUGAUGGAUACCGGAAGUGGUUGUUCGCAGUUAUUUUGUCUAAAGGUUGUGCUACCAAGUAUUAGGCUGAGGGUGCCAUUACUUUUGUCUGGCCCAUGUUUAGAGUUUUGUGUAAAAUGAUUGUGAUUUAAUUUUUUUUUUUCAUUCUCUUUUGUUUUUUUUUUUUCGUUGCAAGCAAAAGAAAUGAAGACAUUACAUACCAAAGUAUUUGUAAUUGCAAUCAUUU